AUGACAGGUCAUAUCUGGUUCUGCUUCUUAUUGUUCUUAACGGGCUACUGUGAUUGCUCACUAACGGGGACAAUAUCAUCGUUCCCGAUAAACCUCGAGAACAAUCCUUACUGUCGUAUUUGCCCCAAUCACACCAUGUGCCGAUUUCCGCUCGAUACUGAUGGCAUUAGAUGUAUAAACCUUCAGCAUGCUGAUCUGGACGACAAAGAUAUUGAAACUAUACUCCAUUGGCACAAUACUUAUCGCAAUACUGUGGCAAGUGGGAAAGAAAUACGAGGAAAUCCAGGUCCACAACGUCCAGCAAAAUUUAUGAUGGAAGUGAUGUGGGAUGACGAACUUGCUCUUAUCGCGAGACGAUGGGUGGUACAGUGCAAUCUUCUCGAGAAAGAUCAGUGCAGAGAUGUUGGCAGAUUUGGAGUAUGGCAGAAUGUGCACAUUUUCGAGAUAGAUAACAUGGGAAACCUGUCAUCUAUCGCAAGGAUUCGCUUUCAUAUUCAAUCUUGGUACGACGAAGUAGAAGAUUUCGAUUCAGCGGAAUUCGGAUUGGUGAAUUUCGUCGCAAAAAGUAACUUGCCUUACAUUCCAUUCGCGUUGUCGACAAUCAGCCGGAUCGGUUGCGGUCGUGCAAUUUACACACAGCGAUCGAGAUUCAAAGUCAAAAACAUGGCGACGUCGUCAACCGAACAUACAAUAGCCAUUGCAUACGGAGAAGUUCGUGUGGAGGCUCUCGUGUGCAAUUAUGGCCCUCUUGAUUGGAACACACCAAGAGAAUUGUACGAAGAUGGUGUACCGGCUGUUUGUCCAGCGGGAACGAUGCGGAGCACACAAUAUCGAGCCCUAUGUCAAAAGUUUCAGGGAUGGCAUACACAAAAGCAGCGUAAAGUUCAAGAGAAGCGAGGUAAAAAGAACAAUGGAACAACGAGCAACAAAUUUUUGAAAUCUACAGUUUAUCUUAUUCAACUAGUAUUAUUAUUUCUGAUACGCCUAUUGACGUGA